UAUGAAGCGAUUGAAGGAACGCUGGUGCUGUUGCUGACAUCCGCAGCUCAUCCUCCCAUUGCUUUUAGCCACAAUCGAGUUUUUAACUUAUCUUACGUUGCUCUGGUCGAGCUGGAAGGACAGCCAAAGACUAUUCCGCUGCAACUUCUCUCGCCAUCAUCAUCUUCCGUCGUUGCUAGCUAGCUAGCUAGCUCACAAUUCAAAGCAACACACUCGAGUCAAGCAAGCCGCUGAUCCUCUCGCUUGAACUGAUUGCUUCCAUCAACAACCGAAUCGGAACAAGCAAACGCAACCAAGCAAAAUGGCCGGAAUGAACGACGUUAUCGACAUGGCAGCCAUGUCCAACCCUUUCCUUGUUGGAGGCAACGAUGAACAUGGUGUGCCACAGAUGGGCGCUUCCAUCGCUGUCAAUGCCAUGCCAAAGCCGGCUCUGAUGGUGCCGCUGAUGCCAUCACCGGGUUUGGCUCGAGGCAUGAGCAAUCCCGCUUUUAGUGCCAUUCAGGCCAUUGCGGCAUCACGACAACUGCAUUUGUCAUCGCAGAAUUUGCAGCAGUUUCAUCAUCAUCAUCAGCAACAUCCUCAGAUGAUGGCUCACAAUCAUCAUCACUUUGGUGGCCAUGAUGAUGAUGACUCCAUGUCCACGGCAUCAUCUUGUGACAUGGAUGAUCACUCGUAUUCGUCUUGGUCCGAAUCAGACGAUGACGAGGAUGACAACGCCUACGAGAUGUACGCGCCCGUGGCAGGUGCCAGUCGUGGCCAGUUGCUCCGACCCAUGUCCGUGGAUCAAAUCACUGCCCUGGCGGUUGCUACAGGAGCUCGCAAGCCUCAGCAACUUCAGCAGCAGCAAAACUCCAUGUCGGCUCAGACUUCUCACAACCCAAGAUUGGGAAUGGUUGCCACUGGGGGUCGUUCGGGGUCCAUUUCGGCGCCUCAGUCUUCGGAAAACUUGGCAGUGGCAAAGAGUGCCAUCCUGGGACCACGUUCUGUCUCCAUGCCCAAGAUGAAUCCAGAGAUUGCUCACUAUCACCAACAGCAUGGGGCACAAUGCCCCUGUACGGACGUGACCAAACCGGAUGAUGUCCUUAAGGAACUGCUCCAAGCGCAAGGAAAGACGGUGGGGUACAGUUCCUACGAUGAGAUUCCAAACUUUUUCCUUCCGAUUCAGCCUCAACACAUUGAAGCGUUCCAACAAGACAUUGUCACUGCCGUUCGCGGCAAGGAUGUGCCUGCCUUGAUGGCGCUUCAGAAACAAGGCAGAAUGUUGCAAUGUUGCAACAAGUUUGGUGAAUCCAUCGUCCACAUGGCAUGUCGUCAGUCGUCUGUCGAGGUGGUGGAGUUCCUCAUGUCACAGGUCGACAUUCGGGUGUGCUGUGACUCGGGACGAACGCCAUUGCAUGAUGCUUGUUGGACCCAGAGCCCUGACUUUGACAUUGUUUCCCUCUUGCUUGCGGAGUGUCCUGAUCUAUUGCGGGUCAAGGACAAGCGUGGAUUUUCCCCACUGGCAUAUGUGCCUCAUGGACAGUGGAGGCGCUGGGGAAACUUUUUGGAACAGAACAAGGACUUGCUCGUCUUCAAGGGGUUCAACUAGACUAACCAAAACUGAUAACUCUAGCCAGCUAUUUAAUUUUGAGAGAAGAAGGAUGGCGUAUUCACUAACUAAAUGUAGCUAUUCGAAGCCUCUGGCUAGCUAGUGAAGGCGACAUUGGGUGCCAUCGUCUGUCAUCUUACAUACUAUCUCUGGCUACCAGUAGACUUCGUUUCUUGGGUCGGCUUUAUACAGUACAUGUACUAUGAUUGGGCUGUCCCGAGGUCGUUUCCACUGCUCCCAAGGUUGGCGGAAGCAAUGCGGCGAAGUCUACGGGCACCUUCAACUUUGAACCGGCGCAACCUCAGAAAAAGGCAAUAUUCGUUUUUGGCGCCAACGCCGGAGACGCUGCUCCGCGAUCCGCCUCGAACUCGGUGCUCUCCCAUCCAAACGCACCAGGAACCAAAGCUGCCCCGACAGCUGUGAGUCCAUCAAAUGGGGGCUGGGAAUGUCAAGUGUGCAACGUGCACAACCGUCAAGAUGCCAGGCAAUGCAUGUCUUGCGAGGCUCCUCGUCCUCGAUUCGCUUCUUGCGGUUCAGCCGAGGCCGAUGGCGACUUCGACUUCUGCAAACGUGUGCUUGUCGAGCACUACGAGAAGAACAACCCGGAGAAGCUGAAAGAUGUGGAUGCCAUUCUUGAAAGAUACAAAGACCGUCCAAAAGGGGGUUUAAUUCAGGUUUUGAAAAACUUGGUAAAGGAAAAUGAAACUAGCUGGAACAAACCGGCCGGUCUGUAUUUAUAACCGCCGGUCAGACCGGUUUAAAAAACAGACCGGCCGUUAACAUUUAACCCUAAAACUCGCCACGUCAUCAAAAAACGGUCAAAAACGUUCAGCGACCAUGUGUUAAAAUUUUCGCUGCUACUUAAGCGUAAGUAGGAGUCAACAACAAAUCAAGUACGAUACAAACUUGUUGGAUGUCAAUUUUAGAAGGGUGCUCAUUGUCAUACUAUUUCAAUGAA